AUGACAACCUUACAACAAUAUUUAAACAAUAAAUAUCCCACUCUACGGGACAAACAACAAGUAAAGGAAAUUAACAUUGUAGAAAUAGAUUCCGAAAGAAGAAAUCGUGGAAAUAAACCAAAUUUAAAGAAAAUUAGUUAUAAUGGUCAAGGAAUAACUUUUCUCGAUCUUUCAAACUGCCCUAAUCUAACUGAACUUAAAUGUACAAGCAAUCAAAUAAAAUCUCUUGAUCUUAGCAAUCAAAUUCAAAAAGAAAAAAAUAACUUAGAAAGCAAACAGAAGCAUUUAAAUCCUCAGUUAGCCGAAAGUGAAAAAGCCAAAAAAAGCCUCGAACAACAAUUAGCAGAUUUAAAUUCUGCCAAAAAAAAAGAAUUAGAAACUAUUCAACAGUUAAAUUUAACUGAUUACACUCUUUUGACUAAAAAGAUAUUAAAAGAAACAAAAACGAGCAUGGAAAGUAUACUGAGGUUGCUUUUAAUGAGAGAUUUCAAACUAACAAAGGAAUACAACCGGAUGAUUAAAAAAGAAGAAGUAGUUGAUCCUAAUUCAGUUUUAUUUACUUGUCUAAACAAAUUAAGAGAAUUAGAAGAAGAAGUCAAAGCAAAAUUAGCCCAAGACUUGCAAUCCAGUGAAGCCGAACAACAAAAACUACGAGCUGAAAUUUAUGAAUUAGUAGAUAAAAUAUAUAUUAUGACAACAGAAAGAAUAAAAGAAUUAGAAGAAAAAUCUAAAAAUCAAGAAAAAUAUAUAAAAACUCUUGAAUUAAGAACUAUUUUAGUCGGUAAAGAAAAUAAGGAUUUAAAAAAUCAGCUCACUGAAUUACAGCAAAAUAAUAAAGUUUUAAAAGAGCAAUUAAUCAAAGCCAAAGAAAAAGCAAAUCAAGUUGAAAAACUUAGUUCCUUAGAGCAAGAAAUCCAAGCUAAUGAGCGAAAAAUAAAAAAGUUAGAAGAGCAAAUUCUUAAAAACAAGCAACAAGAAGAUGAAAAUAAUGACAGCCAGGCAGUUCAAGAAAAUCGCAAAAAACUUUUUGAAUUUUUACUGGAUUUAGAAAAGUAUACCCCUCCUCAUUCUAGUAAACCAAUUGAAUUAAUGUAUUUCAAACGACGACAUGAUUAUAAUCGUUUAAUUCAAGGAUUACUUAAAAAACUGCGGGAAGAAGCCUUAAAUCGCUUAACUGCGAAAAAGCAACUACUUGAAGCUGCCGGAAUUCCUAUUGACCAAAAUCUAUUUACUAAUUAUCAGCAAAAAAUUAAUCAAGCUAAUGCGCGGGAAAUUCAAAAACAAAAAUAUGAAAAUGAGUUUUUAACCAAAGUUUUAGAAAGACAACAAUCUCAGCCCCAAACUAUUCAAGCACCAGAAAAAAAAGCAUAA